GAGAUACACCUCCUUAAUACACAAAACACAUCAUCUCAUACGCCUGGCAGCACACCACUCCCAUACCCCCACCCGACAAGCACACAACUCCUGAAGGCGACGCAGAAGAGGAUGCGGUACGACACUUUCUCCCUUGCACUGCUUGUUGCCAGACGUUGAAACACGAGAGGAGGGAGGGAGGGAGUCAGUGAGUCUGGCCGGUCAGUAAUGAUUAGGAUGGUAGUGCGCUAGGGUAUACACACCACGGCUCCUCUGCGCCGCCCCUUGGCCAUUGAAUGUCAAUACGUAACAUGCUACUGGAUAAAUUUACGGAAGCCAGUGCAGUAAGAGAGACAAUGGUGAACGUGUGGCGAACCGUGAGGGCGCUGCGGCUCCACUGGCUGGUGAUUCUCUCCGCGUCCGUGUUGUUACUCUUCAACAUGCUGCUGUCCAUACAGCGGCCCCAGUCACCACACCAGCAGCUCAUGCCUUCAGGUGAGAUCAGAGGCCCCUGGAGAACCUUCAAGGGUCAGCUGCCAGACGAGGCGCCUCUGGUGCAGAGCGAGUUAAGUUCCGGAGUGAGGGAGGAGGAGAACUCAGCCCGCGAGGUGCUGGACGUGGAGGGCGGCGAGGCGAGGCAGGGCCACAAUCCUGACGUGGACGCCGCUAACGAGGUCAACUCAGUGGAGCCAGAAACCAAUGUCGGUAGGGAGCUGCCCGCAGGAAACUGGAGGAAUCUAACGGCGGAGGAGAUCUCCCACAUGUCUGUGCUGGGGAGGCGAAUGUUCCUGGGGGAACAGGUGGGCACGGUGAGGAAGGACAAGACCUUCACCAUUCUCAUCUGGAAACACGGGCAGAGGCUGGAGAGGCGCUUCCUUAGGCAGUACGGCAAGGUCAUGAUGGAGCCCUUCAGAAACUGUUCAGCGCAAAACUGUCGCCUCACCUACGAGGACGCUGCGGUGGCGGACGCUGACGCCAUCUUCUUCCACUUGCACCUGACGAAGGGGCCGAAAAGCUUGCCGAAUCGGACGCGGCUGGACCAGCGGUGGAUCUGGCUGACGGACGAGAGUGCGCACAACACCUUUCUGGUGGCCAAGGAGAGGCGCCUCGAGGCCUACAACGCCUUCUUCAACUGGUCCAUGAGCUACAGGAUGGACAACGACGUGCCGGUCCCUUACGGCCGCACGCUACCCCUCACGCCGGACGAGGCGGCGGCCUACAAACCUGUCGACUACUUCACCCUCAAGCCCAAGCUGGUGGCCGUGAUGGGCUCCAACUGUGGCGGCAGAAACAAGCGAUGGGGCUACAUCAGGGAGCUGCAGAAGCACAUGGCGGUGGACACGUACGGGGGCUGCGGCACCCUCAAGUGUCCGGGUCACUUCACCAAGGACUGCCCCAUCCUCGGAGAGUACAAGUUCUACCUCGCAUUCGAGAACGCCAACUGUAAGGAGUACAUCACCGAGAAGGUGUGGUGGAACGCGCUGGAGAAGGGUGCUGUGCCUGUAGUGAUGGGAACCAAGGUGGAGGAUUACAAGAAAGUGCUUCCACCUCACUCCUUCCUGCACGUGGAUGAUUUCCCGACCCCGCAGAGCCUCGCCCAGCACCUCAUAUAUCUGGGAAGCAACAAGGCGGAGUACAGCAAGUUUCAAGCGUGGCGGACCAAAUUUAAAGUGGUGAACGAACACGGCUACUUCCAAACCCCGGUCUUUCACUACUGCCGCAUCUGCGAGGCUCUCAACUACAACAGUCAAGAGACCAAAAUGUACAACGACCUCGAGAGCUACUGGGGGAAAACUAAAUAUUGUUACCCGCAUGUAUGGGAGGAGAAGUUAAAAGCCUAUUCUUCCGCCACGUCGAAAUCUAAAACGUAAAACUAAGUCCUUCAUCCCUUCGUUGUUAUUGUUAUUCGUACGUACAUACAUAGUGGUGAUCGAGCUGCGCAUUCUGAGACAAUGUUCUCUCAUAAAUUGUUUUCAAAUGCCACGCAGAUUGGUCAGGUUCUUGUAGGUGUUUAUUUUAUUUUUAUUUAUUUAUUUAUUUUUUUCUAUUGAUGAUGUGGAAACCCUGUUAAACCAUCACGAGAGUUAUCGAAACACCAUUGAAAACUCAGCAUAACUUCAACUACAACCUCAGAGAGAGAGAGAGAGAGAGAGAGAGAGAGAGAGAGAGAGAGAGAGAGAGAGAGAGAGAGAGAGCAGUAACAAUGGCAGGAAAUGGAGCAGGUGGAGGGGUGAGAAAGAAAUGUGAAGUGAACGUCGAGAAAGGAAGGAAACAAUAAGAGGAAUUAGAUAAACAGAUACUGGAAGUGAAAGGUGGAACUCGGGAGCUUAGAAUAAACAGAAUGAACGGAGUGCAGUGCUGCCAUCUAAAAAAAAAAAACAGAGCUGUAAGAUUAAAAUGGUGUUCGUGGUGCAAAGUUCCACCCUGAAUUUUUUAUUUUUUUUCUUUACGUAAGUGGCUCACUGGCCAAGGGAAACAAAACCGGAAAAAAAAAAAAAAAAUAGGCGCUAGUCCAAAAAGAGACAUCAAGAGAAUCAUCGAAAAUUGAAGUAUAAGUGUCUUGAAACCUCCCGCUUGAAAGAGUUCAAGUCAUAGGAAGAAGAAAGUACAGAAGCAGGCAGGGAUUUCCAGAGUUUACAAGAGAAAGGAAUGAGUGAUUGAGAAUACUGGUUGACUCUUGCAUUAGAGAGGUGGACAGAAUAGGGAUGAAGGAAGGAAGAAAGUUUUGUGCAGUGAGGCUGCGGGAGGAGGGGAGGCAUGCAGUAUAGCAUGAUCAGAAGAGAAGCUGGCAUGGAAAUAGUGGUAGAAAAUAGCAAGAGAUGCAACAUUGCGGCGAUGAGAGAGAGGCUGAAGACAGUCAGUUAGAGGAGAGGAAUUGAUAAGACGUAAAGCUUUUGAUUCCACCCUGUCCAAAAAAGCGGUAUGAGUGGAAACCCCCCCAGACAUGUGAAGCAUACUCCAUACAUGUACAGAUAAAGCUCCUGUAAAGAGUUAGCAGCUGGGGGAGUGAGAAAAACUGGCGGAGACGACUCAGAACGCUUAACUUCAUUGAAGUUGUUUUAGCUAGAGAUGAGAUGUGAAAUUUCCAGUUUAGAUUAUAAGUAAAGGAAAGACCGAGGAUGUUCAGUGUAGAAGAGGGGGACAGUUGAGUGUCAUUGAAGAAGAGGGGGAUAGUUGUCAGGAGGGUUGUGUCGAGUUGAUAGAUGGAGGAAUUGAGUUUUUUGAGGCAUUGAACAAUACCAAGUUUGCUCUCCCCUAAUCAGAAAUUUUGGAGAGAUCAGAAGUCAGGCGUUCUGUGGCUUCCCUGCGUGAAUUGUUUACCUCCUGAAGGGUUGGACGUCUAUGAAAAGACGUGGAAAAGUGCAGGGUGGUAUCAUCAGCAUAGGAGUGGAUAGGACAAGAAGUUUGGUUUAGAAGAUCAUUGAUGAAUAAUAGGAAGAGAAUGGAUAACAGGACAGAACCCUGAGGAACACCACUGUUAAUAGAUUUAGGAGAAGAACAGUGACCGUCUACCACAGCAGCAAUAGAACGGUCAGAAAGAAAACUUGAGAUGGAAUUACAGAGAGAAGGAUAGAAGCCGUAGGAGGGUAGUUUGGAAAUCAAAGCUUUGUGCCAGACUCUAUCAAAAGCUUUUGACAUGUCCAAAGCAAUCCAGAAGAUCACUAGUAGAGCGGCCUUGACGGAGGAGGAGGGUGGAGGAGAGGGAGGAACAGGCCAUGAAUCAUCCAAGGUAGAGUUUUUAGCAAAGGUUUGAGCGAAGAGUUCAGCUUUAGAAAUAGAUAUGAUAACAGUGGUUGAAAUAAAAGAAGGAAAGAUGAAGAAGCAAAGUUAUUGGUGAUAUUUUUGACUAGGUGCCAGAAGUCACGAGGGGAGUUAGAUCUUGAAAAAUUUUAACACUUUCUAUUAAUGAAGGAGUUUUCGCCUAGUUAGAGAACAGACUUGGCAUGGUUCCGGGCAGAAAUAUAAAGUGCAUGAGAUUCUGGUGAUGGAAGGUUUAAGUACCUUUUGUGGGUCAUCUCUCUAUCAUGUAUAGUACGAGAACAGGCUGUGUUAGAUCAAGGUUUGGAAGAUUUAGGUCGAGAAAAAGAGUGAGGAAUGUACGCCUCCAUGCCAGACACUAUCACUAUAACUAAAUCAAUGUUGCGCCUUGUUCCGACUUAAACGAAUAUUAUCUUCAGUUGAAAAAUAAAAUAAAAUAAUGCGUCUCGUUCUGAGCAGAGAUAUAUAGAUAUAUAGAUAGAUAGAUAGAUAGAUAGAUAGAUAGAUAGAUAGAUAGAUAGAUAGAUAGAGAGAGAGAGAGAGAGAGAGAGAGAGAGAGAGAGAGAGAGAGAGAGAGAGAGAGAGAGAGAGAGAGAGAGAGAGAGAGAGAGAGAGAGAGAUUUUUGGUUAUGGUGUGCUGUGAUUUGUGAUAUAAAAAAUACGAUUGUUGUUAAAAAAUAUGAUUGUGUUGCAUGAGGCUAAAGACAGGCUGACCUUGACUGAAUUACGGGGUUACUUAAGAACAUUAGAAUAUAAGAAAAUAAGGGAAGCUGCAAGAAGCCAUCAGGCCUACACGUGGCAGUCUCUGUAUGAAAUAUGUCUACCUAUUUCCACCUAUCAUCUCCAUUCAUGAAUCUGUCUAAUCUUCUCUUAAAGCUCCCUAAUGACUCAGCACUAAUAACUUGAUUACUGAGUCCAUUGCACUCAUCUACCACUCUAUCUGAGAACCAGUUCCUUCCUAUCUCUUUUUUAAACCUAAAUUUUUCAAGCUUGAACCCGAUAUUUCUUACUCUAGCUUGGUUACUGAUCCUAAGAAUUUUGCCAACGUCCCCCUUGUUAUAACCCUUAUACCACUUCAAGACUUCUAUCAGGUCCCCUCUUAACUUACGUCUCUCUAAAAAAUGUAAAUUUAACAGCUUCAUUCUCACUUCGUAAGGAAUACUCCUCAUCCCCUGUUUCCUUUUAGUCAUUCUCCUUUGUACUGAUUCUAAUAGACAUGUAUUUGCUUCCUUCCCACACGUUUUCAUCUUCUGCACAUCUGCCAAUCUGCUAAUUUUCUCAGAGUACUCACACGAGGUUAGGCUAGUGAUGGGGCGUGCAUUCUGAAACACUUCUGCGCCGCACCACCGCUAUUUCCACAGGCUCUUGUUGAACCUUCCUACACGGGAUCUUAAGGAUGCUUUUAGGUUAUAGUGACAGAUUAACAAGAUUUCAACAUUAUUAUAAGGAGAAACAGUCUUGAGAAUCCGGCUAAUCAUCUCCGUGGUUUUUAAAAAUAGUCGUGGGAAGAGAGCGAAGCGUUUCUGAAUACAGGCCUGUGAGUAAGGUGCGGUAAGGAGGCGUCUUUUGUAACUGUAUUUUCACUGUAUCGGAUUUGUGGUGCCGUCAAUUAAUACUGUUUUGUGAUUUUUUACUAACUUUGUGUGUGUGUGUGUGUGUGUGUGUGUGUGUGUGUGUGUGUGUGUGUGUGUGUGUGUGUGUGUGUCUGUGCUGAUAAUGAUGUACAGAUAAAGAGUAAACAUGCAUGCUUAAAGAUAACGAAACAAUGGUUGGUAAAGAUAACAAAUACAAUGUCUGCCACCCUUCCUAUAUUUUGUGAAACGGCAUGACAGCUCACAGUUCACAGACACAGCCGCGUCUUGCCUCAACACGUGGUCGGACACAAGUAUUGUUCAUGUAUAUAUCCCAUGUGUACAUUCCAAGGCAUUCGGGAACUCAUGCAAGGUGUUCCACAUGUCGCAUUCCCCGCAGUAUUAUAAUUAAUCUAAUCUUACCAUUUUUUAUAUAAUACACUUUGUUAGUUACACUUUAGAUCCUUCUGACUUUACAAAUCUUACUAUUAAGAAGAUUUAUUGUAGAUAGAUAAUGCAAAUAGCUAUUCUCAUGUUACUUCAAAUCUUCAGACUUAGAUUUCCUCAAUUUACUCAUUACACUUGAUAUAAUUCUAACCCUAACAUUAUCCAUAUCAACGAACUAUGCUAUAGAUAACCCAUCAGUUCUUGCCUAAAACAUUUUCUGUUUACUUGCUCCACUUCAUAUGUACAGUAAUUCUAACUUUAGCACUCUAUGAAAGGAAAGCACUCCUCUUAUACUCUGUGGCAUAAUAAUUCACCAGUCACACCUUUCUAAAGAAUACUUUACACUUACACUUUACCUGUUUAAGUACUGACUCGUGAUUUCUAACCCUGCCACUGUAAACGUGAAACUGUUGCUUUUUUACUGUGUUCAGCAGCUCACUGAUUUUCAAGUGAUAUACGUACAGUAUUAUAUUGUUAUGGCUCACAUAGAAUGCUGUUCAAAAUGAGGAUUAACUCUGCAGGAAUUCUAACAUAACAAGAACAUAAGAACAUGAAAUAACAGAAAUUGCAAGAGGCCAUCAGGUCUACACGUGGCAGUCCCUGUAUGAAACAUAACUACCUUUUUCCACCUAUCAUCACCAUCUAUAAAUUUGUUUAAUCUUCUUUUAUAGCUCCUUAAUGAUUCAACACUAACAAUCUGAUUACUGAGUCCAUUCUAUUCGUUUGUCACUAUAUUUAAGAACCAAUUCCUUCCCAUUUGUUUUAAAUCUGUUUCAAGCUUGACGUGGAGGAAAAGACAACACGGAAACAAGAAUUGUCAGUACAUUCAUAAAUCUAGCAGAGUGCAUGAAGACUUAUCCUCUUUUCACUGUGGUCUAUCGAUUAGCCUUCUCCACUCUCUCUUGUCUAAUGCUUCCUCUCCACUGAGGUCCUUCUCUCUCAAGUCGUCCCGUAUACAGUCACCCCAUCGUCUUCGUGGUUUCCCUCUCCCUCUUACUCCUUCUACCUGUAACUCCAUCAUCCUCCUACCAACCCAUUCUUCAUCUCUCCUCAUACAGUGUCCAUACCGCUGAAGCCUUCUUUCUUGCAUCUUCUUUCCCACUUGUGUCACCUUGGCUGUCCCUCUAAUUCUCUCGUUCCUGAUCUUAUUCCUCCUCGUCACUCCCAACAUCCAUGUCACCAUUCUCAUCUCUGCCACUUUCAUCUUUUUCUUUCUUGUGUUUUCUAAACAGGCCAUAUCAAGCCACGCAUGCCAACCCUACCGACGUGACACGUGAUCAGGCGGCAGGUUUCAUAUUGUCCAUUAUGCCACAGUUCACACCAGACUUUAACUCUUUCGCUGGCAUGGUCGUCCUUCCUUAACCUUCCCAGCACUGUAAAGAUUGCUUGCAUCGAGACGCGGGAGUGAAAUGAGAAAGUGGAAGGUAAUUUUGUCUUUUUAAGCUACAAAAAUACUGAUGAGAACAUAGCACAAAAAUAGUGUCUAAAAGUUAUAAUAAUUAAAGAAGAAAAUUUGUCUAGCAAUGUACAGCUUUGGGAGCUACUGUACACAAACUUAAAAAAAACGUCGUUACACACACAGCACAAAACAAACCAAUGUUUCCUUUCACACAUAUCGGCGGCAUAUCAGUGCCGCUUCCGUUCAGUCCUGUCGAGUCAGUGAAAAAAAAAAAAAAUCAUUAAUUUGAAUUUGGGUGACGCAAUCACACAUGUCCAGCACAUUACUGUGUUUUGACUCUCCGUGUCAGUUCCAUCUCCGUUUUGAUAAGUUGAGUAUCGUCGCUACCGAUAUUUCCCAGUGUUUCACGGACGAGUCUUUUAAGUUUGUCCACAAGAAUGCAUGAUGAACUACUAAUUGAAGAGGUUCAGAAUCAUCCUAUUCCACAUGAUUUGUCACAGCCAAAGUAUAUGGACAGCAGUCUCAAACAAUGUAUUUGGAACAACUUUGUUCCAUCAUCAAUGAACUCCUUGUAGAGUGGCAAAGUCUCCUUUACUUUCUCUUCUUCCACGCCUCAUGUACCCACUUUUUUUUCGUCAGCUUCUUCCUCUUCAUCAAGAAUUAUGGCAAUUAUUUGCCAAUUCCAUGUCUGAAAACAUUGCCAUCUUGGAAAUCACGGAUUUCACGUUGUACGGAAUCACUACGGAUGUGUGUGAACAGACGUCACUGAAGCGUCACGGAUCUCAGACGCUGAGCUGCCACGGCAGUGAUACGCCACUGAUGUGUGUGAAUGAGCCUUUGCAAUGGACGUACUAAGGGCUUUCUCUCAACCUUAAAAAGUCCUCUGGUGUGCCGACAAUCUUAUAAACCAUUACAAUAAAGAUCCUCAACAGAUCAGAGGACAGUACAUUGCAGGGAAAUGACAAUGUGAGUGCAUUGCAUUACUCGACUAUUGAUCGUGACUCUGCAUUCUUCACAACUUCACACAUAUCUUCUACUUGUCUUCCAACGUGAUUUCCCCUACAGCCAUGAAUGAAAUGCAGUAGUAGGCAGUAUUACCAUGGAGAGAGAGAGAGAGAGAGAGAGAGAGAGAGAGAGAGAGAGAGAGAGAGAGAGAGAGAGAGAGAGACUUUUCGUUUACAAUACAGCUGCACACAGGAUUUUUGUAAAAUUAAACAAUUGACCAUUCCUGCCCCUCCAUUGCAACUCCUAACGAGGAGACAGAGGCUAAAUAAGUCUUAACCCUUUCACUGCUGUCUGACACACGGAUCCUUAAUGCCACACUACGGUGGGACAUUUCAUUUCUUCAGCCGCUAUUAAAGCUUCUACUGUCUAGACAUUUGAAAAUCUAAUCUUUUAAUACAAUUCCCUUUCUUGUAAGUGUUUGUAAAGAGUUUAUGCAGUGCUUUUAAUUGUGAAUUGUUGCAUAUUGCAGUGAAAGGGUUAAAAUAUGUAUAUAAAAAACAUACGUAGACAAUGGGCAAAAUACACAAUAUAAUCUGCUCUUCUGCUCUGACAUGUGAAGUGAAUGUCCAAGAUUGAAGAUUUUUUAACAGUGGCACGACACAAUAUAUAUAUAUAUAUAUAUAUAUAUAUAUAUAUAUAUAUAUAUAUAUAUAUAUAUAUAUAUAUAUAUAUAUAUAUAUAUAUAUAUAUAUAUAUAUAUAUUUUUUAUGUUCCAGCCAUAGAAUGAAGGAAGAUGUGAAUGGUGUGUGUGUGUGUGUGUGUGUGUGUCACUGUAAAAGUUACUAGUCAGCUCCCUGAAUGUGUUGCAUGUCAUAUUAUGUUUUAAGGUGUUUGAAUUUUCUCCAUUUAGUUCCUAUAUUUUGUCCACAGAUGGAAAUGAUUGAUACUACCUAGUGGAUUUGUGGUAUUGUACUUCAAAGUGUUAAAUGCUAGUCAUCUCCUCAUAUCACUACACACACACUAUAUUUGCAUUUCUCAUUAAGUUAUAAUGCUUGUUUUUUUUUUUUUUUUUUUUUUAUAUGUGUGUGUAGUAAGAGUGUGAAUGGUGUGUGUAUGACUGUGUGGAGCUGUCUGGGCCAUCCUGUGUGGGAUUGCCAUGCUGGUAUAUACAGACAGAUAGUGUGUGUGUGUGUGUGUGUGUGUGUGUGUGUUGUGAUAAUAUGUUCUACAUGUCCAUAUGAAAAAAAAAAAAAAAAAAAAAAAGAAAGAAAGAAAGAAAGAAAAUGAUUGGGUGCAAGAUACCAGCAGGGACUUGCUCAAGCUAUGUCGUGUUUUAACAUUAAUUCAGUUGUGAUUUACACGAAAUGAGAUCACAGUUGUGGAAUCCCAUCUGUGUGCCUAAUUUUGGUUAUGUGUGGGUGUGUGUGUGUGUCACCAUAAACAUGAAGACAUCAGUGUGCACAAUGCCACACGUACAAUGACAUACAUGUGACUGGUGACUGGCUACAUCUGUGACGUGUGAGUGAUGUCAACUUGUCAAGUGCAAUAAAGUUUUACACAAUAUG